AUGGUGAAUCGCAUUUUGCCUAGAGAAGGCUUCACGGCCGACGUCCUCGUCUCUACCCUACGCCAUACCGUUUUCGACCCUUUCAAGACACUCGCGGCCGUGCUCGUACUGCACUAUGUGCCGCAGUUAUUGAAUGGUUCUAUUAUCUCUUCUCAUCUGCCACUGCACAAGCGCGAGUCGGCUCUGUCCUACCUCCGUAUUGCGCUUGCGCUGGGUCUCGUGGGCAGCGUGAACUCCUGGAUUGGCCGGCGCGUACUCAACCGGCACGUCAAAGACAAAUACGACUGGCCACGCGAGAUUGUCGUUGUAACGGGUGGCAGUCAUGGGUUUGGCAAAGAAACUGUUUUGAUUUUGGCUGCGAGGGCAAAGGGGGUUAGGAUUGCGGUUUUGGAUGUCGUACCUCCGGAUUAUGAGUAUGAUGGUGACAGUGUUGUGAAGUUUUUCCAUUGUGAUAUUACCAACGUCGAUGCUAUUGCGGUGGCGGCCGCUGAGAUUCGUGCUGUUUUUGGGGGGGACCCAACUGUUUUAAUUAACAAUGCGGGCGUUAUCUAUGCCCGUCCGCUGCUGGAGAACACGGAAAGAGAAAUCAGCAUGAUGUUUGAGGUCAAUGCAGUGUCGCAGUAUAAGCUGCUUAACGAGUUUUUACCUGCGAUGGUAUCGCACAAUCAUGGCAUGGUCGUUACGGUUUCUUCGCAGGGCGGGAAUUGUACGACACCCGGCAUGACGGCAUAUUGUGCCACAAAAGCUGCUACCAUCGGGCUUCAUGAAGGAUUGACAUCGGAGUUGGCUAUACGAUAUAAUGCGCCCCGUGUGCGGACGGUGUUAGUCACGCCGGCGUUUGCAAAGACUUUUGUGACGAGAGACCUGAUUCCGGAAGAUAGCUUUUUGAGUCCAUUGCUGGAGCCGGCAACUGUUGCGGAGGCGAUGAUUAAUCAGAUCUUGAAAGGGGAGAGUGGAUAUGUUGGAGUGGGUGUUACUGGGAAUUGGUUCACGUCCAAUCUCAGAUCGACGCCUUUGUGGUGGCAGACAGGUUUUCGGGACUGGAUGGGUAACACCACCAAGAAACCCAAGACCAAGCACCCGUGGGUACAACGGGAGGUGGAAUGA